UUUUCUCUACUAACAUAAAGGGGCUAUUCAUUUUUAUUAAGUGACCAAUAACGAGUUUCUGUUGUUUACAGUGCUAACCCACUGUAAACCCAACUCAACAUGAAUACCCCACUCCGACACAGCACACUGACUACGAGCCGACCAAACAAUGGAUACUUGAUACAUUUCGCUGUUCUAAGCCAUAAAUAGGUUUUAACCAAACACGCGGAUGUACAUUUGAAUCUCUUACCGUUCUUGGCCCUUUCUGUAUUUACAAGUACAAUUCAAACUACACAAUUCUGCUAUCCGUGUACUUUGUAAUGUAGAAAUGACGAUAGAUAGUUUUCCAAAGUUUAGAAACGAUCACAUCUUGCCAUAACUGAGUUCGGUACUCGGGAUUACUUUUAUCACUGUAUUUUAAUCUUUACGCGCAUUCUGAUUAGUUUGUCGUAUACGCCGACGUGGACAAUCCUUCUUGCAGGUUAAGGACAGGGGCGUGUGGUGUGACGAAUGACACAAAAUCAUACGAGCAAAAUGUGCAUUGGUCAUCGGUCAUCAUUUGAUUGAAGGUUACUCAAGUGUGGAUUUGCUGUCGAUAUGGAUGGACAACCUCAGAUGGAAGAUCACGAUGUACACCGGUCUCAUCAACCCAUUUCUAUACAUUCCUCCAUGUCGCAGGGUAUUACAAGUACGAGUGUUUCUGAAGCCUUUGAAACAUGUAACCUCGGAACUGAUGAGGAACUUGGAACUGGUGAUGAUGCGUCGGGAGGGAAUGAUGGAGAAGGGUCGCUAUCAAGAAAACAACCUGCACCAAUGUUCCAACCUGAAGGUGGAGUUGAACACUCAUAUAGAACUGAAACCUCAACUGACAGUGAACAUCUGAUUAGAAGCCCUGAUCAAACAUCAGGAGUUGUGUCAGAAAGACGUGCCUUUAAGGAAUAUAUAGAAAAACACUUUCCUUGUCUGGACAAAUCAGUGUAUGUGAUUCUCCCUGUUUUUAUUGGACACUCCACUUUCAAGGAAUCAGCACCAGAGAAGCCAGAGGGUCCAUUUGCAUAUUUAAAGUAUGACCCAGGGCAUUGUUACAGUCAGGUUGAUGAGGGAGAACGAAGGGUUGCUCUAUGUAUGGAAUAUUUGCUGAAGUACUGGUGCUGUGAAGAUGGACCUGCAUUUAUUGUCACACAAUAUCACUAUGACAACCUUUUGAAAAAAACGUAUGAGGGUAAAGGUGAACACGACGUAUUGAUCAUCCACUACAGAUUCGGAUUGCUGUGCAUUCAAGUAAAGAGUUGCCGAUUAAUACAGGUCUGAAUCAGCGUAAGAAGGAUCUGGAUUUCAUUGAGAAAGAAUUUCCCCAUCUUUCUCGUUUAUCAAAAACAUGUAUACUUGCCCUUCCAAAUACAUCAACAGAAAUGGUUUGCCAGUUUAGAAAUUACGAAAAGUGUCUUGGGCAACACGAAGUGUUAUGUCUUGAUCACCUUCCAAAUCCUGAGUCAGAUCUUGUAUCCCAGAGUUUACAAAAGCAAGAACUUGUAGAGUGGUGGAAGAGGUUCACGACGCAAAGACUCUCGGGAUUUGAUUCCCAUGAUGACUACCGUGGUAUCAUUGAAAGAUAUGUAGGAUGUUACUCGACUGUUACAAUCCCAAAACCACGCCAGACGAAACGUCCUGGAAAUACACUUGGAGAAUGUGUUGCAGAAGUUGGGAAUAGAUAUAUGAGCAUUGUUCUCACACCCACUCAAAUAAGGAUCAACAACUCAGAUGUGAAGAGACUUAUCAUCAGAGGUAAUUAUGGUUCUGGCAAAACAGUAUUGUUGAUUUUAAAAGCAGUGAAGCUUUUGAAAGCAGAACAAAAAGUGGCUGUUAUAAGCAUGUCUGAUUCUCCUCUGCAUUAUGCUCUUAAAGAACAAAUAAUUACAGGCUUGGGGGAUGAAUGGAAACCAUUCCUUACUGUCCGACAGGUAACUGAUCAAGAAUCGCUUGCUGGGGUUCUUAAAGAAUGUGCUGAUGAGCAAAGGAAUGUCCUGAUUGAUGAGUUCCCUUCUUUCCUACAUGGAAAUGCAAAUCUUCAAGGAGCUCUCGAUACGUUUCCCAAAGAAUAUCUCUUGUGGAUAGUGAUGACAAGAGAGAGAGAAGAAACUCUCAGCAAAGGUGUACAGGAGGUAUUUGAAGAACAAACAAAUACAACAGGCUCCAGUCAACAAGAACUCAAAUUUAAGGAUGUGCGUCUCCUGGGAAUAUUACGAUGUCCACCAUCUAUUUUUCAUUUGUGGCCAGAUUUUCGACAACCACAGAAGUCAUUCAGUGAACAAACCAUCAACAUAGAGAUUCUAAAGAAAAAACUCUUUACUAUGGAUUUGAUUCCACCCUUUUCUCGAUCCACCAACAUCACACAUGUUACAGUUAGGGAUUUAAGAAUAAGAGAAGGAAAGACCAAGGAAGAGAAGAAGGAGGAAAAGAAGGAGGAGGAGGAGAAGAGACCCUUCUUUAAACAACUUCAAGGGUUGAAGAUUCCAGUUGCAAAAUCAAAUAGUGACACUCUAGACUCUAACUACAUACUUCCUAAUUCAGAUAAUUCCCAUUUGACAGAAAACGAAAAGGUAGCCGAGAUAGGAUUUGGUGGUAACACAAAGAUAUGUGUUUUUGUGAAAAAUUCCAGACUUGGCCACGUUGAACAGUUAAGCUAUAACAAGAAGAGGUUUGCUGUUUUUCUGUACAGGCUAGGCUUUGGAGAUGACUCUGAUACGAUGUCAAGAAUUGCAAGGCAGGGAAAUGUAGGUAAUCGGGAUAUACGUUACAAAUGGUCAGAUCUAACCUUCAUGGACAUGCCUUAUUAUUACCCAUUACGUUCAAACAUGGGUGUGUCUUUAACAUCAGAUCGACCUUGUCAAGGAACAGACUUGAGAGUUGAUAUUAUUUCAGACAAACAGGUUAACAUUUCAGCUAUCUCGGGAUUCGAAGGUUACCAUAGAAAUGCAGACAUUGAGAUAAUUACUGAUAAACUCGUUUCAAAUGUUUCCUUUUUGGAAUGUAGGCCGCUUGAUGGACCCAGCUGUGUGUAUAUUGAUCACAAUCACACAUGCAUACUUGAGAACUGUGGUGAAUGCAAGGAACAACUUACAUCAUUCCUGAGUUUACUUGGCCUUGCGUCUUCCCAAACUGACCACACAUUACAAGGCCAUGGUGAUUUGAUAACAACCAGAAAUGAUCUUGACUGGUCAGAUGUGAUCAUUUUGGAUGACAGAAUAGAGGCUAAAUGUGAAACAAAAUUUCUUAAGCAAUGUGGGAUAUCCGUGACGAACAGGCUGAACACGGAACUAGACUCAAGAGUUGCAUUCGGCUCUACAAGGAGUGUAGACUACAUGCGACCUGAACAGUUCCAAGGACUAGAAAGGAAAGUUGUUAUGGUUGUGACAUCCGGCGAACCCGAAAUUCCUAGCCCUUUAGGUAUAGAGGUAGUGAGAGACGGAAUUGAGGUUGCAAUAAGUAGGUGCACUUCACAGCUAUUGAUUCUCAGGGUAUGGCAAUAGCGUAUAAUGACAUCACGUCUUUCGUGAAUACUUGAACAUGGUCAACUAAAACUGCAAUAACAUUCCUCUCAUUCAAACCUUCAAGUAUUUUUUUCAAUAUUGGUAUUGAUGCUAUGUGUCACACAAUGUCAAGAUAUACUUCAUGGAACAGCACAACCAAUAGAAAACAUGUGAGUGUAUGAUAAGUUGCAGGGGACCGUGAGAGGUUGAUUUGAGUGUGUCCAUCCUCUGAUUGAGAAUAUAUAUGCCUGGAAAGAAAGAGGCAUCUAAGAGGCGACUAACGGGUUCAGGUGGUCAGGCUCGCUGACUUGGAUGAUCAAGAAAGUGAUUUAAAAAAUGAUUUAUUUGAAAGGGUUUACAUGAGUAUCAACCGAUAUGUGAAAAUUCAAAUUCAUAUACCUUUUCAUUGAUUGUCCAUUUUUUAUAUUAGCUAGAAACGAAUAGAGGCAUUCACUAUUGUUCAUUGUGAAAGAUACUUAUGGUGUUAAUAUUGACUUGAUGCUAUUUGGUAAUGCAGCUUUACCUGAUCACGUGAACGAAAAUAUUUCAAACAAUGUAAAUACAUUUCUCUAUUUCUCUUAUUUCCUUUCUGCCAUUUAUUGUAAAUAAGUAAACAUGUAAAUCUACGGGAGAGUGCGUUCUAAGUUUUGGUAACUUGUGCCCAAUCCUUUUUAGGAGAAUAUAUGUUUCCACAAAACUUGGUUGGUGCAUGUCAUCGUAUCCCAAUUGCGUAGAUCGAUGCUCGUGAUGUCAAUCACUGGAUCGUCUGGUCCAGACUAGCUAUAGUACAGACCAACGUCAUAUAGCUCGAAUAUUGCUAAGCGUGACGUCAAAAAACAAACUAACAAGCACUCAUGGUGAUUAACUGAUCUUUGUGCAUGGGGAGCAUGUGAUGGAAGAUUUUGUCCAGUAGACUCACAUUUGAAUUUUAAUAAAUACAUGCGGGUGUGCAAAACGUAUUCAUGUUAUACAUUGUGCCCAACAUGCUAUGUCCUGUGUGUGUUUACAUUAGUAAUCAAUAAAAUAUACUUGAUGAUUUCAAGGAUGAUAUUUGUA